GACCCGGGCUUUGGUCUGUCUCCUCUCUUUGCGGCCCCCGGCGGUGCCUGCUGUGUGCUCUGCUCCAUUGGCUUUCCAGGUUUCUUUUCACUUGGGUUUUAUUACCAUCUUUGAGCAUGUGGUUCGGUUUGGGCAUCUCUACAAGGGCUUGUGAAGGAUGCACACUUGGGGCUUCGUCUCUGUCUGCCGUGUGCAGGUGUGUCCCAUCCAGCCUCCCUGGGGUGUUUGUGCAGUUCUGGCCUGUUCUCCUGGACAGGUUGCUGUCCCCUCUCUCUGAGAGAUGGACUCAUGGCUGGAGUGACCUGUCUCAGCCCUGGAUCCUCCUCUUCUGGCUGCGUUUGGGGUUUCUCUUCUAUCCUCUUCAGCUUGAGGACGCACAGGGUGGGGGACGGGGCACAGAACUGCUGAGGUCCUGCUAACUGUUCUGAAAGCCCCAUGCCCUGGGAGGCUGGAGCCACCCCUUGUCUGUACAUUUGUACAUGAGGUUUGGCCAUGGGGUGAGCUGUCAGAUGUUCCCUGGGGGAACCCCAGGGCAGAGAUGAGCACCUUUCUGCAGGAGAAGGGCCCUUGGGGUUCAGAGGUGGGUCCGGCCUCGGCGCCCCCCAGCCCAGUGGAAGCUGAGACGGGCAGGGGCUUCCUUUGGGCCAACAGGCCAUGAGCAGAGGGCUGGGCCCAUGACAUGGCCUUUGUCUGCCACCAGUCUCUCACCUGCCCCCAGAGUGUCCGUGCCAGUGCCCUUGGGGUGUUGCCCGGCCCGAGUAGCUGGAGCGCAGCUUGCUGCUGGCUGCGCCUGGCUCCUGGGUGUGGAGGACCCAGUCAAAGGCUUGCGCAUCAUGAGGCUUUUUACCCUGUGGCAGCUGUCAUUCUGGAAGACUCCUGGUUUCCCUGCCCUGGUGGCGUGAAGGAGGAUCCGGGGGAGGGGGGCUGUGUAUGGCCCUGGCACCGCCAUCUGCAGGGGUGGGGGGCCGUCCGUGACGCACUUGCCUCCAGUUCCCAAACGGGACUGCACUACCGUCUGCAGAAGCUCAGCUGUGCAGCAGCCUGUGGGCCGUGCACUGGCGUGGGGCCCUCACUUGUCUGCCCAGACGAGCCCCAGGAUGUCCCGAGGGGGUGCACCCAUGUUCUGCCAAGCCAGCCAGAGAUCUCAUGGACUGCUCGUCCUGCGCCAGUGCCAAGGGGACGUUCUUCGUGCUGAAUUGUUUCUGCCUGUGUCACCCUCGGGGGGGUCCCUAUGUCCCUGCCAGCCCUGUAGCCUGGGCCUAGACUGUGGCUGGGAGGAUGGUGACCCCCUGGUAGGACUGGAACUUGGGACUGUUGAGAAGAAAUCCCAGUGCGGGUGGGGGCAGGGGCCGCUUUCUGGACCCUCCCAGGUGUGGACUCUAGUCUGUCGGGAGGCCCGCGCGGUGCCCGGCACCCUCGUCAGGCCGCCUGUCUGACUCUGGUUGUCCGGGGUCCGUGACGUCCAUGUGGUGCGGUGAGGCCCGGCCUCGGAGGACGUGUCCCCGCCUGGGGUCUCCCCACAGCAGCUGUUGAGUAUCACAUGCAGAAGGGCAGGAAGGUGACGUUCUUCAGCCCCAGGUUCUUGUGCGUGGGAUUCUGAAGCAUCACGAGGCAGGACACGUGUGCACACGUAACAGCGCGGGAGAGGAGCAUGUGGGAGUCUCGGUGACAGGAACACGCCUUUGCAGCAGUCUUAGCCACGUGUGGGGGAGCGAGCGCCUUUCUGGUUGACGAUGAGUUAAGGGUACAGCGCGGUGCGAGCCGCUGCUGGGGGACGUGCCCCCUGUGCCCAGCAGCUCCGCAUCGCCCAACGGGGCGCCUGACCUGCUCUGCGCGGGCUCAGCUCCCGCCCGGCCGAGGCCCUCGCCCAGCAGACCCUGCCCUGGGCAGCCGGUCCUGGCGCCUCCAGACCAUAGCAGAGUGAUGCCCCCCUGCCCCCAGCUGGCCGUGCCGGGCGCCGAGCCACAGGAGGAUGUGGUGGGCCGGUGGGGGCGGUGAGGAGCCCCUUCCCGGGGGGUGUGACCGUGUCAGACUUUGACCCCGGCGCAGGCUUCAGUGGUCGCCGAGGAUCAGGAGCCUAAGAGCUUUGGUUCGAGACAAUUAAAGACGUGGGAUGAGGAUCCAGUGACAGGACGCGGUUCUGCCUGGGGAUUCUGAAGAUAAAACGCUUUGAAAAGUCGAAUUCAUGGUCGUGGAAGCCGAGCCCAUAUUAAGAAAUGUCAGGCGUCCGACCCCCGAUCAUGAACGGGCCCAUGCAUCCCCGGCCCCUGGUGGCGCUGCUCGAUGGCCGGGACUGCACGGUGGAGAUGCCCAUCCUGAAGGACGUGGCCACGGUGGCCUUCUGUGAUGCGCAGUCCACGCAGGAGAUCCACGAGAAGGUGACUGGGGGUGCCUGAGGGAGCGGGGAGGGCAGGCGGGUCUCAGGUGUGUGUGUCUGCUGCUCCCGUGCCACCCAGACCUGUGGCCACUGUCACCCCCUGCCGGACGUGGACCUAGGGCUGCUUUUGUGGCUGCUUGAGCCACUGUGUUGUAACCAAGUGUUCCUGGAACGUGGAGCCUGGGGCCGUGGAUGUGGCCAAGCGCAGUGGGGCCGAUGAGCUGCACUGUCCUGGUCCCACGUUGGUCACCCAGGCCAUCCGGGCUGGCAGUCAAGCACGUAGGCCUGGGUGUCUGCUGUUCUGGAAGCGGAACUGACCAGCCCUGGGUCUGGGUCCUGGCGACAGGACGGCGGACGCAGCCGCAUCCUCACACUGUCCGCCUUCCAGCCUGUUAACGACCGCAUCAAGCCUUGAACGGGGAUUCCGCUGUGCGGCGGGCACCCCGCGGGAGCAGCGGACAGUCCUCUGUAGGGGAAGGUCCCGUCGACAGAGCCUCAGGUCAUCCCAGCACUCAUUUCCUGUUGCGCGUCCGUCAUGGGAUCUGAGGACACGGGCAGAGAGAGAAGACUGAGCUCGCAGCCUCGCAAGGAGCUGAUGACCAUGGGAGCAGCUUUAGUGAAAGUCUAGAAGACCCAGAGGGUCCCCACGCCACGGGACGGGGAUGGGCCAGGAGGGCGGGGGUGAGGGGCUGCAGCCGAGGGUCCGGUGCCACUGACUGAAACCUCAGGACCCGUGGGGUCGGUGGGGAGGGGUGCAGGAACAACAGGACGAGGUGUCGCAAGCCAGCGGACGGCGGUCCCCCUGGAGGAGGCAUGCGUCGCGACACAGCUGGUGUUUAUCCCAGAGCGGCGAAGCCCAGUGUACGCUGAGUCCUGCCCUUGAGUGUGGCCGCAGUCGCGGCCCUGCUCCCCGGAAGCAGGAAGAACCCGGCGGCCUUCGGCAGCGCGGGGUGCCCAGAGUCUCCUGGGCCAUGGAAAGGAGCGUGUGCAGCAGGUGGCCGGCGCUUGGGGGCACGGUGCUGUGCGCUUCUGCUCAACUCGGAGCAGGGUCACAGGAUGGAGGCGGGGAAGCGGGUGGUGAGGGGCUGCUCCAACUAACUCGGGCUAGAGCCACCCUCCUGCGCACACGCGCAUGUGUGGGGAUGGGGGGCAGACUGCAGAGCUGGGGGGCGGCUCUUGGCAACUUUCUGUGCAUUUUAAACAGUUUCAAACUUUUUUAAAAAAAAUUUUAAAAAAUAAACUACAGGGAAUGAAAGAUCUACAGAUAGAAAUGUUUAAAAAUCAUGAGCAAUAUUGAAACAAGUUCUGUCAAUAAAUCUGGAAACUAAGACAAAACGGAUGUUUUCCUUUAAGAUUGUAACUUACAGAGUGAUCUCCAGUUCACGUACAGCCCAGAGCAGCGAGUCAGGCCGCCGGCGAGGGCGGGGACACUCAGCGUGCUGGCGACUCACCCGAGCCAGCGCACAGACGGCGCCCCUCGUGCCUCCACGGGAAGCCGUGGCCUGCCUGUCGGGAGAGCGGGUGAAUGCGUAGAGGAGCCACCCUGCGGGCCACGCUCUGGAGAGGAGAGAGCGUUAGGGCCAGCCAGUUGGAGCCCUCGCGGGACCCGAAGGAGCACCUCGUGCGGCCAGUGGCACGGGAAGGCGCUCUUGGAAAUUAAACACGCACGUGAAAAUUUAAAUGUUAAUAGGAAGCUUGAAAGACACAGUCACGGGGAGCCUGGGAGAAAGAUGGGAGCGAGGAGGCUCAAGGACAGCCGCGCAGACCCAGGAACCCAUGCCUGGUGUGACUUGCAGCCGCAGGCCUCAGGGAUAGCCCAUAUCCCAGGGGAAACGCGCUUCCUUUCCCAAGCCUUGCUGCUGGUGUGGACAAGUGACAGUCCAACCAGGAAGAGCCAACAAGGCUUGUGUGCAGAGAGCCGCCUUCUCUCUGCUGCCUGGAAACCAAACGUGAUGGCUGGAGCCCACGCAGCCACCUGGAGCAUAAGGGGAACCGUGCUUGGGAAUGGCCGAGCCACAGGAUGGGAGCCCUGGCCCCUGCUGACUGUGGUGCUAACCCAGGGCCCCGGACCACCUGUCUGCCCACCUCCGCUUAGAGGGAAACGACGCAUCCCUGUGGAUCAGGGAUUUCUGCCUCCUUGUAACUAGCUGUACGGCAGAUGCUGAGUGUUCCAGAGGAGAGACCGUGCCGUUCUCAGCACAAGGUGAUGAAGAAACCUUCAGAGCUCAGUGGAGACCAGCUCUCCCAGCGUGAACCCAGGACGAGUGUCGGGGCCACAGGAUGCUCUGCUGCUCAAGGAGCAGAUUCUCCCAGUGUCACCUGCAAAGAGACAAGAAUCAGACCAGCCCCAGGUCGGGUGCUUCAAAGCUUCUGGGGAAAACAGCUUUCAGCCCAGCGCUGCAUAUCCGACCGAACCGCAGGAACAGGGGCGUUUUCUGUUACUCUCCUGGAAAGCUCUUUGAAGACCGGCAGCUGCAAAGGAAGGGGCACUCAUGAGAAAGGGCCCCGUGGGGUGGGAGGGUGCUGUCAGCUGGCCUGGAGCAGGGGGUCCCCCAGGCACACGUCUGGGAAAGCAGGACACCUGUCGGGAUGGGACAGUAAGGCGGCGCUUUGGGGACAUGCCAGGGAAGACCGCAGGGGACCAGUCCCAGGAGGGAGGUGCUCAGGCUGUGUGAGAAGUGAGGGGAGCGUCCAGGCAAGUGCAGAAACAGGCCUGGAAGCAAGCCUUGGGUGGCAAGAGGGCAGCAGGAGGGCCACGGCGACUCUGGGCAGAGAGUUGGGCCGUGUCGGUGCCCGUGAGUGGGUGGGACAGACGCCCUGGGGCAGGGGAGAGGAUGGGGAAGUGAGCCCCGGCACGGCCACAUGUGUGCACGCGUCGCAGCAGAUGAAUUGGGGGAGCUUCUGGAGGGGAUGUGCUUCUUAUCUGAGGCACGUGGUGCAGAAAACGGUGCCGCGUACAGGAAAAGGUGGUUUGAUUAAGAGGCAAUCAGAAACAAUCACGUGGCGAAAGAAGGAACACGUGAGAAGUGGGUGGACGUUGGCAGCACCUACAACAACCAGGGAUUUGGCGGUAGAUACUCAGGCUCCCGGCAGAAGGUGGGUGACGGAGGGGGCGUUUGCGCGAAGACAGAGCGGCCACCGGGAAGCAGGGGCUCCCGCCACAUGUGGCCGCACCAGGAGGCGCGAGGCGCCACCCCUGCUCCGGGGGGGGUGUGGCCGGGCUGGCUGCGCAGACCUGAAGGAUGCAGUGUUCUCUGGGCCUGCGCGCGGCUGUCUGUCACAGGGAGGCGUCUGGAACCACGGGCAGCGUGUUGGAGGCACCGUGCCAACGCUUUUCUGAGCUGAAGCCGCACAGAAUGACCCAGAGAGUAAGUAAAAUCCACAGAAGUCACAGAACACUUGUGAAUCGUGCAUC